AUGCUCCUCAAAGCCGCUCGUUAUGGUGUGGCACGAAGUCACUUCCAGCACGGAACGAGCAUGCCCGUGGUAAUGCGCACCACGCUGGACCGAAAGCUGCCUGUGGAUGACACGAGCAGAGCCCUCCAAGCCACCACCGCCUCUACGAACCUCAACCUCUUCGCAAUGAAUCCAGCAGCGGCCAUGCCCAUCACGCUCGUCGAGGGACGUUCUGCAUGCUCAUUUCCUGGGAAUCAGCCUCAACCAUCUUUCAUCUUGCUCCUCUUCGAGAUGCUGGCUGGAGCCUUUCACGUCGAACACCAUCAAAGACGUCGGGUCUCCGUUGCUUUGCCUUCCGCCGACCUGGCCCAUCCUUUCCGGCCGACCCUAGAUUGCACUUUGAGUGCUGUCCGGCGAUCCGUGCCGGGCGCUGCUCACGCUCCCCGCGGUGAACUUCCUCUCGCUCGACCAUCGAGAGCGAUGCUGCAGAGACUCAACCGCUUGGCAAGAGGCGGCGGGAUGAGCACCUGGACGAGCCGACACCAUGGACGAAUGCUAUUAGAGGCCCUGCACUCGAGUCCUCGUCUAUGCCGUUCGCUCCUCAUCCACUCUCACACUCCAUCUUCAGCUCACUCUAGUCCACUUUUCUCCUUCGGAAUCUCUCAAUUCGCUUCAAAGACUCGCUCACUCUCAUCCCUCACCAUGAACGCCCUCGUCAAGUUCCUCCUCGUCGCCGCGCUCUGCGCCCCCGCCACCCUCGGCGCGCCCGCCGCCCCUGCCGCCCUCGGUGCCCAUGCUGAAGAGAGUGGCAAGCCCGCCACCCUCGGCGCCCUUUCUGAAGGGAGCGGCGAGCCCGCCACACACGGCGCCUCUGCUGAAGAGAGCGAUGCCCCCGCCGUCCUCGGCGCUGCUGCUCAUGAGAGCGGCGAGCCCACCGCCCUCGGCGCCUCUGCUGAAGAGAGCAGUGAGCGAUACUCCUACGGAACGACUAACGAUAUCCAUCUGGUUCGCCGUCAGACCGACAGCUCCGAAGACAACUACGAGUCGGCGCUGUGCGGCCACCCGUCGUACGGCCUGGAGGAUGAGAUCGGAAAGUACUGCUCGGGCGGCCUCCAGCGUGACGUCCUCAACCAGUACGUCUGCUUCUACGACGCGCGCAAGGACGAUGGCUCCGGCGAGCAGCGCAACAGCGAGGUCAACAACGCCUUCCAGAAGGCGUGCACCGACCGCGGCGGCAUCUACUACGACCAGGGCAAGCGCGGACGCAAGCAGGUCGUCCUCGAGUCCCAGGGCGGCGGCGUGCUCGCCACGUGCAACGACGCCCAGGUCAACCUCAUCUACACGCGCAUCUCGACCGUGCACAGCCUGUGCGGCGGCGGCGCCGACUACGACGCGUGCAUCACCAAGCUCGGCGGCGAUGCCAAGAGGACGUUCAAGAAGGCCUGCACGCACGCUCUUGGCCACGAGGGCUACAACUACGACGACUACCUGUAA